GAGGUCCUGGGGGAAGAUAAGCUCAUGGCCAUCCUGAAGGAACGAGAGCUGAAGAUCUACUGGGGGACUGCUACCACGGGCAAGCCGCACGUGGCCUACUUCGUGCCCAUGUCCAAGAUCGCAGACUUCCUGAAGGCAGGGUGUGAGGUGACGAUACUUUUUGCUGACCUCCAUGCUUACCUAGACAACAUGAAGGCCCCCUGGGAGCUGCUGGAGUUACGUACCCGCUAUUACGAGAACGUGAUCAAAGCCAUGCUGGAGAGCAUUGGGGUGCCGCUGGAAAAGCUGAAGUUUGUCCGGGGCACUGACUACCAGCUCAGCAAGGAGUACACGCUGGACGUGUACCGCCUCUCGUCCGUGGUGACGCAGCACGACGCGAAGAAGGCGGGAGCGGAGGUGGUGAAGCAGGUGGAGCACCCCUUGCUGAGCGGUUUGCUCUACCCAGGCCUGCAGGCCCUGGAUGAGGAGUACCUCAAGGUCGACGCGCAGUUUGGAGGAGUGGAUCAGAGGAAGAUAUUCACCUUUGCAGAGAAGUACCUUCCUUCCCUGGGCUAUGCCAAGCGCGUCCAUUUGAUGAACCCGAUGGUUCCCGGUCUGACAGGCAGCAAAAUGAGCUCGUCAGAAGAGGAUUCAAAGAUUGACCUUCUGGACCGCAAGGAGGAUGUGAAGAAGAAGUUGAGGAAGGCUUUCUGCGAGCCAGGGAACGUGGAGAACAACGGUGUCCUCUCCUUCAUCAAGCACGUCCUCUUUCCCCUCAAGUCAGAGUUUGUGGUUCUGCGAGAAGAAAAAUGGGGAGGAAACAAAACCUACACAGCCUAUGAGGCCCUGGAGAAGGACUUUGCUGAGCAGGUCGUGCAUCCCGGAGACCUGAAGAACUCGGUGGAAGUGGCUCUGAACAAACUACUUGAUCCCAUCAGAGAGAAGUUCAACAGCCCGGAACUGAAGAAGCUGACCCACAUGGCGUAUCCCACAGCCAAGCCUGCAGAGAAGCACACCAAGAACUCGGAGCCGGAGAACAUGGUGGUCCCAUCCCAGCUGAACAUCCGUGUUGGCAAAGUGAUCAGUGUGGAGCAGCACCCGGAUGCUGACAGCCUGUACGUGGAGAAGAUCGACGUGGGCGAGCCUGAGCCCCGCACCGUGGUCAGUGGCCUGGUGCAGUUCGUCCCCAAGGAGCAGAUGCAGGACAGGCUGGUGGUGCUGCUUUGCAAUAUCAAGCCCAAGAUGAUGAGGGGCGUGGAGUCGCAGGGCAUGGUGCUGUGUGCCUCCAGGUGCGCCGGGGAGCGCGUCUACGUGGAGGGCUACGAGGACGGGAACCCCGAGGACGAGCUCAAGCCGAAGAAGAAGGUCUUUGAGAAGCUGCAGGUCGACUUCCGCGUCUCCGAGGACUGCGUGGCUCAGUGGAAGCAGAGAAACUUCCUGACCAAGCUGGGGACAGUCUCCUGUAAGAGCCUGAAGGGAGGCAGCAUCAGCUAA